CUUUUUACCCGAUUAUCUCCUAUACUCCAAAGAAUCCUUAGGUGGGGAUUAUACCACCCGUACCUGUAUCAUAGAGCAGUUAGCCUGCCCUAUACAUUGUGAGUAUAUUUUAUAUACCUGCAUUAUUUUACUGAGAGCACUAUUGCUGUUUUAUUAUCUUCUCCCUGAGAUCCUGUUACCAUCUUAAGAACCAUUUCAAGAUCGCUCACCACAUAUCCCAGAGGCGGGGAUUAUACCGCUGUAUGCCUACUACACUAGAGCUAGUAUAAGCUCUCUUAAAUGUGAGUGGAUCUACUAUAUUUAAAUACUUUUAUCCACUUUUGGAAUAUACUGCACCAUCACUGUUUUUUGUUUUAUCUCCCCCCCUGGCUGUCUGUCACUACACCGAAGAGAAUACUCACCGCAUAUCCCAUAAGCGGGGAUCAUACCGCUGCAAGCUAUUCAUACCAGAGCUGGAUUAAGCUCUACAAAAACCUGAUUUCUCAAUGGAGAGCAAGGUGUUGGACUGGGUGGCAGGAAUGUAUGGUCGAAAUGUUCAAACUGCUGUCAGGCCAUCUGCUCCCCCUUACUGGAUGCUUCAAGAUGGAAGAAAUAACUCACCAACCAGACGCAGCAGUUCUCAACAAAGGGUCACUUUACCUACACGCAAAUGCAGGAGUCUUAGCACGGCUGAGAUCAAUCCCAUCCGCACAUGGAACAGCUGGGGGACGGGGACACAAGCAAACUUUGAAAAGAGUGGAUGCUUUGAGGAAGAUGGCUACUCUGAGGAUGAUGAGUAUUCUUCAUCUGAGGAGAGUGAAAUGGAAACUCGUCAGAGAGAAGCCAGAGCUCGAUCUUGUAAGUCAAGUCCUCAGCCUCAAAGAUCUCCACGACCACGUACCUCACCCUUUGUGCCAAGCCCACCAUCCCGAUGUCAGUGCGCACAUAUAGGAUCACCACCUUGCAAUGUGAAGAAAAGGAAGUCAUUAACCCUUCUGAACAGUACCAGGAGUGAGCUUGAAGCAGCUAACAAGAGAAUUGCAGCUCUGGUGCACCCUCACAAGGGUAGCUCAGAUGGAAGAGGACCUGCCCAAAACCAGCACAUUAGAAGCAACCGUUAUGUACUACCUUUCCAACCAACACCACCUCCUCCUCCUACCCAUUGCAACUGUUCCAAACGACCAUACAGUGCAGGUUCCAUUCCACCUAUACCCAGUCACAAAACAACCACAACGUCUCUAAAUCCAUACUCCUGCCUACCUCCUACCAGAAAAAGCCGUCAAGACACUACUGGUGAUGUUCUGCAAGCUCUAAGCCAAGAAGAACGUGAGGUAAUCAAGGCUGUGACAUCAUUGGGAUAUCCUCUGCGCAGAGCAAUGAUUGCAUUGCAGAAAAUGGGAGGCCAGAGCCUGGAGCAGGUCCUAGGGUACCUAGGAGCCACGGACCGUCUUUGUAAGCUUGGAUACGAGGAGGCACUAGUGGAAGAGGCCAUGGAAAUGUUCCAGAACUCAGAGAUAAAGGCGGCAGAGUUCCUGCGUCUCUUACUUCAGUUUAAUGACAUGGGCUUCCAGCAAGAUGACAUCAAAGAAGUUCUUCUGAUCUAUGACAAUCACAGAGACCGCUCUUUGGAGGAGCUCAUGAUGAGAGCUCAAUAAGCACCAUAACUCCUCAGUCUUUGCAUGAAGGCACUACUCAGACAAGCAUACAACAGUUUACGGAGUCAAAAGAAUAUAACUGUAUAGCAAACAACUGCACAGGGCUUAACUGUGUUCUUCUGUUGUAUACCUUUAAGUUAAUGGUAAUAUUACCAAAAAUAAAGCUUCAUGAUUUUGAUAUUUCCUACUGAAACCAAAGACUAAAACGUUAGGAAAGUUGUGAUAGUGGUCCUAGAGACAUAACAAAAUAGGCUUAAGCAGGGCUCAAACAUUUUAGUAACCACUGGCAAGUGAAAAUUCACUCCUGAUCAUUACAUCAUGGGCUCACUACCUGGGGCAGGCAACCUUCAACACGCCAGAUGUUGUUGACUACAUUUCCCACAAUGCUGACAAAGUAUCAUGGGAGAUGUAGUCCACAACAUCUGGAGUGCUGAAGGUUGCCUAUCUCUGCUCUAGGCAAUUGUGCCUUGUGAGUGUGCCAAUGACCCUCCAAGCUUGCAGCGGCGAGUUUCUUUUAAGGCCUGGACUUGAAAUUUUAAGUCUUGCGCUUAAACAAACAAGUAUGAUAUGGCAAUACAUAUUCAUAAACAAUCCUUCAUCUCCUCAUUAUGAUAUGUCUGAGCACACUGUUAGUUACAACAGGUUAUAUACUGCCUAUUCAUAUCAACUUCAUUAUUGUGCACGCAGAAAGGAAUUCAUUUCAUGUUUUUAUUAUGCAACACAGCCAUCUGUGUUACAUAAUAUAAGGCGACAUCUUUUCAAACACUCUAAAAAAAAAAAAGCAGCAUUAACACUGCUUUGCUUCCUAUCGAAAUGUACAUCAGACUUCAGCUUAGUUACAAAAUGAAAUCAUGAAAAAAACUAUUUCAUACUUUUUAAACAGCUUGCUUGACUGAUCAGCCAACACACUUCCAAAUUACCUUAUUAGUUUUAUUUUUUUGCAAUCUAUAUUUUCAAAUUUUGUGAAUACAUGAAAGCAAAGUAAACAAAGCUAAUAAAGAGAUAGAGUUGUAUAAGAGAGUACCUGCUAUUGACGUCUAGAGGCUAAGUAUGUACUACUCAUCUGUGAAAGAGCUAUUUCAUCUUUUCAGAAUUAGAGAUAUAUUGAGGAUUACAUGUGUGUGGUCCAGGAUUCAGUUUUCCAUACAAUUUUAUUGUUGAAUCUUAAUGAUAAGAGACAUCUUAAAUAUAACAUAAUUAAAUGUGUGGUUGACUCCUUAAUGUAAGCACUCCUAUUAAAGAAAUCACAGUACAGUAGUGCUAGAAGUAGUGCCUGAAAUCCGACCACCCGGUAACCUAUCUAGCCUAGGUCCUCCGGAGGAACCCACCAACUCAGGCCAGCUGUAUGGAACUAGUCAUUGGCUCGGACACCGCCGUUCAAACCUUUAACAGCUUGGUGAUCCUACAUCAUGCAUAGAAUCAGGGCGCUGUUUGAACUGUAUACAGCGGGUGGGUUGAGCUAUCCGUGGAUAACCGAUAAGUGGGGUUUACUGGUGGAGAAAUGAAUGUUUUGGGGUAUUUUGUUUAGGUGCCCUGAUAUCUGGAGGUUAAUUAGAUUACCAGUUCUCAAUCUAGUUAUCUACCAGAUACUGAAGCGCCUGGGUGGGACCUGUAUUGUUUUAUUUAAUGACCCCCUGCUGGUGGUCUGUGUAUAAAUGUUUGUACUGUGACCAAUAAAGUAGUCCUGUUUUCACCCUU